AGGUAACCAGACCAGAAUAAAACAAGCAAUAUAACAAAACUUCCUAUGAAAAAAUCUAGCAAUCUUAGAUAAAGAAUCUGAAAUUCCAUUUUGUGCCUUUGGAAUAUGAGAUAUUUUGAAAUCUGGAAAGCAUAUCUGCAGCGUUUUUAUGGCUUCCAGUUCUGUUGCAAAACUUGGCCAAGCUUGAGGCUCCUUUAUCAUCGCGAUCAGAUCCUUGCAAUCUGUCUCAAAACUCUUACAUGACAAAUGAUGUAGUAUGCUCUUCAUUACCCAUCGUAGUACUUCUAUUUCCGAAUGUAAAAUAGUCUCUCGUCUCCUUAAGUUUCUCGUUCUCAUGAGCUGAAUCUUUCUAAAACUAACAUUUCAAACCCAACCACAACCAUUGAAUUGUGCUGUGGAAGUCCAUGAACCACCCACCAUGCAUAUAUUAUCUAGGCUUAUGACUUGGAGUUCUUCGCUACUAUGUUCUUGUGGAGCUGGAGUGACCAUCUCAUUUGCAUUAAACUAGGCUUGACAUUCAUUUUCUACAUAUCAGACUAGUUUCAAAGGAUCCCUGUCAUUCUUUCUAAAGAGUUUGCCAUUCACCUUCCAGAUAUACCAGAUUAUCCAGGGAUCAUGUCCAGUUCUGGUUCAACAAUGCUAUUCUUUCUGCGAAAUAAAUUAUUGACAAUAUUUAUAUAAAAUGUUGAAAAACCAAGUGUUUAUCUACCAAUAAAGAUGCGGUAUUAUAAAACGGUCUAAAGCCUCGAAGAAAAAUAUGAGGUAUAUAUGUACAAGCCAGCAAGAUAAAGCAUGUCUUGUCUCCAACGCAACAACAGCCAUACGUUCUCUUAUGUCUUACUGUAUAUUUUUUAUAUAACAAGUUUAACCAGUUUUUACCACAAUACAGCCUGAAAUCAUGUAUGGCCCAUAACAAUUAUCUAUGAACUAUUAAAAUUUAAAAAUCUUAAUACGACCCCUUUGGGAAAAUGUGAGAAACAAAAGCUGAAGGUAAAGAGUUCACCAGUAGUCAUGUGAACCGAAACUGAAGUUAAGUGUUUAUCAACACAUCCUAUGAGUAUUAGAGAUCACUUUUUUCCACAUUACCAAAAAAAAAAACACUUUCAAAAGUAUAAAGUAUAGAUAUCCCGUCUUCCAACAACUACAAAAAUAAAGUAGUCAUCUACAUCAUACCAUAAUCAAAUUAAUCACCCCUAUAUUCCAAACCACACACAAAUACAUGCAUUUAGAUAUCUUUUUCUUAGUUUUUUUUCUUUUCAAAUAUCUUUAAUCAUACCUAAUCUUCUUUAUUAUUCCCAACAUUUGAUUUGAGAUAUGUAUUUUCAAAAAGAUAUAAUAUGUUUUUCUUUUAGAUAAAUCUUGUAUAUAUAUAUCCGUUAAAUGAUUUCACUAAUAAAUUUUCUAUUGAUCUUAAAUAUGAAUCAAAUUUCACUGAAGACAACAAUUUUGUAACGCAUCUAAUUUGCCUUGCAUAUUUUUUUUCAGUUCACAUCAAAAUAUUCGAAUAUGUAUUGUCAGCCUAUUGGUUAAUUGUUUUUUUUUUUGCUUAAAAUUUGGCCUAUUGGUUAAUUUUUAACUCACAAUUAAAAUAAUCUCUUUUUAGAGUAUUUUAAAUAGAAUUAGAAUGUAGACAUAAUCAUGAUGAACAUGACCCACAAUUCCAAUUACACAUAAACUAGAACUCUUUUUUAUCAACGUUAACAGACAUCUCAUUCAAAAUUAUGUCUAUAAUGUGACUUAACAUUCAACAUGAAAAUCACAAACAGAGCGGAAACAGAAACAGAAACAGAAACAGAAAAAAAUAAGAAAAGACAGAACAAACAAACACAAAACCAAACAAGAGAAUCAAGAAUCUGCAGAGCUUUGUGUUGCAGCAACAAAGCGAGACUCAGCAUUUCGUCUUCUUCUUCUUCUUCGGUGGAAUUGGACAGGCAUUCUAAUUUCUCAGAUCAGCACUGUUCGCUCUCUAGCCUAACACACUACAUGGUUCAGGAGAAGCUAGAGCAGAUGAUCAGAGAGACACAAGAAGCCACACACCAAGAGAAGUUAAGAGAACAAAUGAUGAGGAGGAGGAGAAGAAGAAGCAAGAGUAGCAUCAGUAACACUAAGUUCAUAGUGAUGAUGGCAAUGGAGAAAUGUUCUUAUGAUCCAAGAGCGGAUUUCAGAGAAUCCAUGGUCGAAAUGAUUGUUGCAAACAAGAUCAGAGAAGCAGAUGAACUUAGAAGCCUCUUGGAGUACUAUCUAUCAAUGAAUCCUCGCGAAUAUCGGUCUGCCAUUCUCGAGAUCUUCUACGAGGUUUGUGCUGAUUUGUUCUUGUGUUCGUAACUAAAAGAGUACAAAGAUCACUUGUUUCUUUCAGUUGUUUGUGUAAGAAGAUACAUCGGUUUUGUAACGAACCGGUUUUCUAAGUAAUAAAUA